GGAGGAGGAGGAGGAGGAGGAGGAGGAGGAGGGCGGCGGGGGUGGUCCCGGGGCUGCCCCCACGCCAGAGGGGUCCCCUGUCCCGAGCCAGCCCCUCCCAGCUGGGACCCCGGCCGGGGCCCGGGCACACGGGCUGAAGCCACGGCCCCACCGGCGGCAACGGCCCCCCCCAGCUCGCGCGCCUCUUCCCCGGCACGGGGGGCGGGGCCUGCCGGGGCGGGGCGGGGCCUGCCGGGCGGGGCGGGGCCUGCCGGGCGGGGCGGGGCCUGCCGGGCGGGGCGGGGCCUGUCGGGCGGGGCGGGGCCUGUCGGGAGAGGCGGGGCCUGCCUGGCGCCAUGGAGGGCGGCGGCGGGCGGCGGGUGCUGGCGGUGGGCGCGGGGUUGGCGGGGCUGGGGGCAGCGCAGCGGCUCCGUGCCCGCGGCUGCCUCCGCCUGCUGGAGGCGGGGGCCCGCGUCGGCGGCCGCGUCUGCACCCGCCCCUUCGCGUCGGGGCUGGUGGAAAUGGGGGCACACUGGAUCCACGGCCCCUCGCCAGGGAACCCCGUCUUCCGCCUGGCCACCCGCUACGGCCUGCUGGGCCCCGAGGCCGCCCAGGAAGAGAACCAGCGGGCCGAGGCGGGGGGCCACCCCCCGCUGCCCUCAGUCACCUACGGCAGCUCGGGGAGGGUGCUGAGCCCAGAGGCGGUGAGCGAAGCCCGCGACCUCUUUGACGCCCUCCUGGCCUCUGCCCGCGCUUUUCAGGGGGCUGAGGAGCUGCCGGCGCCCAGCGUGGGACAGUACCUGCGGGCGGAGAUCGCCCCAAGGGUCCCCGCUUUGGGGGGGGGCCAGGAGGACGCCCGGCGGCUCCAGCUGGCCGUCCUCGCCGCCUGCCUCAAGCUGGAGUGUUGCAUCAGCGGGACCCACAGCAUGGACCUGGUGGCCCUGGAGCCCUUCGGGGAGUACGUCUCCCUGCCCGGCCUGGACUGCACCUUCCCGGGCGGUUACAGCAGCUUGCCCGAUCGCAUGCUCUCGGCUCUGCCGGAGGGCACCGUCCUGCUCAACAAGGCGGUGAGGACCAUCCGGUGGAGAGGGUCUUUCCGUGAGGAAGGGGAGGAGGGCAGGGAUUUCCCCGUCCGGGUGGAGUGUGAGGACGGAGAUGCCUUCCUCGCCGACCACGUCAUCGUCACCGUCCCGCUGGGUUUCCUCAAGGAACGCCACCAGGACUUCUUCCAGCCUCCCCUGCCCGAGCGGAAAGCAGAGGCCAUUUGCCGCCUGGGUUUCGGCACCAACAACAAGAUCUUCCUGGAGUUUGAGCGGCCUUUUUGGGAACCCCAGCAGCAGCUCCUCGAAGCGGUGUGGGAGGACGAGUCGCCCCUCGAGGAACCCAGCGCCAACCUUGAGGCCAGCUGGUUCAAGAAGCUCGUUGGAUUUGUGGUCCUCCAACCGCCGGAGCAGCACGGGCACGUCCUCUGCGGCUUCAUCGCAGGCAAGGAGUCGGAGUACAUGGAGACGCUAAGCGACACGGAGGUUCUCAGCACCAUGACACGCGUCCUCCGCACACUGACAGGGAACCCGCACCUGCCCGCUCCCAGGAGCGUGCUCAGGUCCCGGUGGCACAGUGCUCCCUACACCCGGGGCUCCUACAGCUACGUGGCCGUCGGCAGCUCGGGGGACGACAUCGAUGUGCUGGCUCAGCCCCUGCCCGAGGACCCCGAGGACCCCAGGCCUCUGCAGCUCCUCUUCGCCGGCGAGGCCACCCACCGCACCUUCUACUCCACCACCCACGGGGCCCUGCUGUCGGGCUGGCGAGAGGCUGAGCGGCUCAACCAGCUCUUCGAGGCACCUGGCCCCACUCCUCGGCUCUGAGGCAGGAAAAUAAAACCCGUGCUUCGCAGGUCGUUGUCGGUCAGCCUCCUUUAUUGAGAAACCUCCCUGCUGGAGGGACGCGGAGGCUUCUAUCUCUUUCCAGGGAGAAGGAUGCAGCGCUUCAGCUCGGGUCCGGUGGUGAAAAGGGGCUGCGGCGUUUAAUACCAGUUGGUGCUGGCGAUCAUGAAGCGGGUGUCGUCCAGCGGGGCCUGCGUCGGGCCUGGCUCCGGGGUGGGCUGAGGGGCUGGGGGCGGCUGAGGGGCGGGUUGAGGACCAGGCCCCGCGGCACGGGGG